AAGCAUACGGCACCCACGCUCUCCCUACCUGCGCUGCUAUUAAAGCUGACAGGAACCCUCACUGACCCGUAAUUAGAGGAGUGUAGUUAAAGUUAUUUGAAAAUUUAAAGCACAUUUUGCAAGCUUGAUCCAAUAUUAGCACUCCCAGUGAAAUUUGAUAAAGAUUAAAGGAGGGGACAAGUGGAAGCUCCAGAGAUGAGGGUUUGCUGACUGUCGGCAAAAACAAAAAACUUAAGGACAGCAAAUUAUUAACAGUAAAACUCAUCUUGUGUUUUUGUUUUAGCAAAUGAAUAUCGCUCGAAAACAACUUCAGGGAAUUGAGUCAGUGUCUGAGCAAUGAUCAUGCCUCUCCAGCGUGUCCCGGGGCUGGUCCUCCUACAUCCUCUCCUCCAGGACUGCUGAUAAAAGGCGAGGGGGGAACGACGAUCACUCUGAGGGUGGAGAGUGUCCCAACAGAUCCCAUCAGCCAUGGCAGUCACUAUUUUAUCCAUCUUGAUUGCUGCCAUCCCCGUGGCCUACUGCUAUCCAACUGCCUUCCAAAACCUGGAGGAAAGUCGCAGCAACAGAACCUCCAUUAAGUUUCUGGCAGUGGGCGACUGGGGUGGUGUGCCUUAUCCCCCCUACAUCACUGCUGUGCAGAAGGCCACAGCUCAAGAAAUGAGCAAAAUAGCAGACCAGAUGGGAGCUGAUUUUGUUCUUGCUCUGGGCGAUAACUUCUACUACAAAGGUGUGAACACUGUGGAUUCUCCUCGGUUUAAGGAAACUUUUGAAUCUGUGUACACUGCAAAGUCCCUCCAAGUCCCUUGGUAUGUGAUCGCUGGCAAUCACGACCACGCAGGGAAUGUCAAAGCCCAGAUCGACUACAGCAGCAGAUCUAACAGAUGGAAAUUCCCCUCGUACUACUAUGAGCUGAACUUCCGCAUUCCCAACACGGGGAAGACUCUGACCAUCAUCAUGCUUGACACUGUGAUGCUUUGCGGUAACUCUGACGACAAUUCGGACAAGAAGCCAAGUGGACCCCUGAAUGAAUUGGAUGCCAAUCGCCAGCUGGCUUGGCUGCAAGAGAGACUGGCUCUGUCCAAGGCAGACUUCCUGUUGGUGGCAGGCCACUACCCUGUUUGGUCUGUGUCCGAGCACGGCCCCACAAAGUGUCUGGUGCAAAGCCUCCGUCCACUGCUCAUCAAAUACAAGGCCACUGCUUACCUCUGCGGCCAUGACCACAACCUGCAGUACCUCGAAGAGUCUAACAUAGGCUAUGUGGUGAGCGGUGCUGGAAACUUCCUGGAUCCUGACACCCGUCACUGGCACCAUGUUCCCAAAGAUUCUCUUAAGUUUUUCACCGGCAAGGCUUCAACACUGGGAGGAUUCAUCCAUGCAGAAGUGACAAAGAACAAGAUGACCGUGACUUUCUACCAGGCGAAAGGCACUUCUCUCUAUCGCACAGUUCUCUCGCAAAGAGAUCUUGAAUAGACUGAUGAGCAGGAACAGUUAUAUACGGUGUAAUCUGCAGCGUAAGUGUGAGUCUUGAUCUCUUGUUUUAAAAAAAUCUUUGGCAUUAAUUUCAAAGCAUUUUUAAAAGAAUCAUCUGGUUUUAAAUGUGACUUUAUGCUACUGUAAAAUAAAUAGUGCCUUUGUCAUCUGUCCUGAACUUUUGAAAAUGUGGCUGUGGUGCUUGAAUUUCUUACUCUGCAAGUGCAUCUGAAUUUGUCUUUCAAAACAAAUGAGAAAUUAGAGAAAGCAUUGAAUGAUUUGGGGGCUUACACUGAUUUCUGAAACCUGUCAAGUCUUAUUCAAUCCAAAGACUUAAGAAAUGUACACGUUUUAUUACCAGUUCUGAUAUAACUGACUGUUAAUAUCAAUGAAUUGGUGAGGUAUGCAUCAAAAGAAAGGCACUUUUUUUUUUGCAAAUAAAAGACAUAUUGUGACAAAUUUA